AUGUCUAUUUGUGGAACUGCAAGGUCUGUGUCACUACGAGAGCUUCCGACAGAGUUAAUACAGUUUAUUCUAAAACAUUUUGCGAUACAGGAUCUUAAAAAAUGUCACAGUAUAAAUAAUAUAUGGGGAGAUGAAGUGAUUCAAGAAAUUCGCAGAAGAUUGGAAUUUGGUUCAAGAUAUCCCACAGUAAAAGAACUUGCCAUUGGCACACCAAAUGCUGAUAAGAAAGUGAUGAUAAGAGGAUGGAUUAAAAGAGAAAAAGUUGCCGUCACUUUGCCAAAUAUAUUUGAUGGGUUAAAACCACCUUCGUAUUUGGGAAUAGAUACAAAAACUUUCGUAGUUGUUGACAAGCCUGAAUAUGAUUUGACUCUGAAUAUUGAAACAGACUCUGAAUAUUCUAGCUCUGGCUCCAAAACCGAAUCAGAGGAUGAAGAUAUCUAUAGUAAUAAUGUGUCUCCUCCGAUAAUUAUGGGUACAGCUGAAUAA